UGUUGUGAACACUCGAUAAAAAAAACGUGUUCUGUAAUUUCACUAAGACAAACAUUUACUAACUGCUAUUAAAUUUAAAUAUCUAUAAAUUACUCAUUCAUUAUUUAAAAUUAAUAAAAAUUAAUUUCUAUAAUAAAAACUCAUAUAUUUCAUAACUUUUUUUUAUCGAAUGCUAUUUAUUUUCCGUGUGCACGUGGAAGUGUUUACAUUUUUUCUUGGUUAGGUGAUCACUCAAGAAUAAAUAAACCAAAAUAAAAAUAAAUAAUUACAAUGGCAUCUUGUACUGAUCGACUAAAAUUAAAUGAUCAUGAACUAUUUAAAUUAUUAAAAAAUGAUAUGCCUAAAAGUGAUAAAGAAACGCGUAAUAUUAUUGAAAUACGUGAUGAUAUUUUGUAUGCUUGGAAUACCGACAAAUGCUGUUUGUUUGUAUUAAUUCUUGGAGAUAAUUUUAAUCCAUCAGCUCCUUACCAAACCCUGCAGCUCACAGACCCGCCAAUUUUUGAAGUAACAAACAUAUCAAUUAACGAAGCAUCGACUCAAUUAGUACUCUGGGGUAGCCUUGGUAUUGUUAUACUCGAAUUACCUCGUCGUUGGGGUAAAAAUAAUUUAUUUCAAGGUGGAAAGCAAUCAAUUUCAUGCAUUAAUCACAAUCUGAAUCGUCUUACAUCACAACUAUCAUCAUCAGAAGUACGUCGUGUCCGUUGGCAUCCAGGAUCACCAAAUGACUCACAUCUACUUAUUCUCACUUCAGAAAACUCAUUCCAAUUGUUUGAAUGUCCUUUGGGUAAUAAACCAAAAUUGAUAAAAAAUUGGAAGGUUGGACCGACCCCAAUGCUAUCUCCAUCAAAAACACUUCCCAAUAUUGAAUCACUUGGUGAGACCGCAGUUGAUUUUGAUUUUUCAACUCCGACAAUUCCGUCUUAUAAUUAUAAUAAAUACGGAAAGUUUGGAAAUUUUACAAAAGAAACCCCACAUUGGAGUGACAUUGAAUGGCCAAUAUUAGUAUUACGUGGCGAUGGAAAUGUAUUUUUGAUUUACGGAAACAUCCUAUCAAACUCAAAUCAAAAACCAUUGGUGCAAGGCUCAUUAUCAAUUUAUCCUGCGUCAUUCGACAAUUACGGAGUCGAUUCAUGCUCAAUAGUCUGUCUACCAACAACUCCACCAUUAGUAGCUAUCGCCACGUCUACAGGUCUUAUUCAUCACGCAAUUUUAUUGUGUGAUAAUUCCAGUAUCGCUAAUGUUGACAAUCUUAAUAAAAAUACUUCAUCAACUGAGGACUCAACUUUGAAUCAGCAAAAUGACGAUUCCCAAAAACAAUUUGAUAGAAAAAAAACUUGGUCCGAGUAUGGAUCUAAUUACAGUCUUCAUACUCCCGAUGAUGGUUUGUUUGUUUUCGAAACAAUCGAAAUGCAGUUGGGACUACUCUUUAGUGAUAAUGAUAAAAAAUACAAUUGUUUUAUUAAUUUACAUCGUGAUCGUGGUAAUAAGGGUCGUUAUUUUUGCACACAUAAUGCUGGAGUACACAUGAUAACAUUGCCUGUGGCAUCGCAAUUGACGGAUUAUUUAAAUUGCUCUGAAGAUAAUAUUGAUUUAUACUUACCGUCGUCAAUUAAACCAUCAAUAUCGCAGUAUUUAAUCUGCACACGUACGAAACAUACAGGAGCUGAUGAAGCAACACCAGUAUUAGGAUUUGGAUUGCUAGAACAACCAACUCCUAUUGUUAUCGCUCUACUGUAUUCUGGAGUCGUCGUUAAUUUUUCUGUCAUAGAUUUUGACUAUCCGUCUGCUGUCGAUAGUGAUGAACCGGUUAUUAAUUCAAAUAACACGGUAACACGAGAAUCUUUUGAGAAUUAUAUUAAAAAUCUUUUGAAACAUAAUUCGACAUCACAGCCUAUCACUAAAUUGGGCAUGACAUCAACUUUAAAUGGAAAAGAAUGUUUUGAGUUUCUCGAUUGUGUAACAAAUGUGUUACGUGGAAAUUAUUUUGUAAAACAUGAUCAUGUUCGCAAUGAGAUUGGUAAAAAAGUACGAGCUUUAAAAGCCUUAAAAAUUCAUCAAUUAAAUGAAUUAAAUAAUUUGAUGCAAAUAAAAGCCGAAUUACACGAUAAAGCUCAACAUUUAGCUGAACGUUAUGAAGACAUAAAAGAACAUCAAGAAGAAUUAACUCGACGAUCAAGAGAAGUUUUGAGGCAAAUUAAUCACAAAGAGUUAACAGCUGCUGAACGUACAGAAGCGUUAGAAUUGAAAGAGUUGAAUCGCAAAGUCGAUGAAUUUACAGGAAAAUUUGACCGAUUGAAGAAUAAAGUUGAUAAUCAAUUGAUCAAAAAUGACUUGUCUAUUGACAAAAGUAAUCAAGAUAUUAGUAAUGUUGGUGUUAAUAAAAAAACUCAGUUGAUUUUGGGGGAAAAACAGGAGGAAGUUAUUAAAAAUAGUUUACGUAAAAUGGGUGACAGUAUUGCUGAAUUGAUUGGACAAGUCAAAAUACUUGAAGAAGAUUUAGAAGUUUGAAUGAAAAAAUUUUUUUACUUUUCAAUUUUUUUUAUACGUUUGAAAUAAAAAUAUACUCAAUAAUUA